UAUAAGCUUUGUCCAGAAUAUGUGGACAGCGACCAAUGGCGUGAACUUGUCAACUAUUGGAAAUCCAAAGAAGGAAGGGCAGUUAGUGAGAAGAACAAAAUUAGCCGAGCAUCUGUGAAAACAUCUCAUACAGCUGGUACAAAGAGUUAUGCUCGUUGGGCUGAGGACCUUCGACAAGAAGAUCCUCGAAAAGAAACAACCACAUAGAGCGAAGGUUUAUUUAGCGACUCAUAGAAAAAAAGAUGAAGAAAGAAAUAAACAUGUGGCUGACUUGGCUGACUUGGAAAAGCUAAUACAUAACGAACCAGAGCUAGCACAAAGUGACCAUGGAAAAGUUGCAUGGAAAGGUGAUGCCUUACAUACAAUUUUGGGGGAAGAAAAGCCUGGACAAGUGCAUGGCAUGGGUUUGCUUCCAGUGCCUAACCAAGUUUAUGGUCGGUUACCACGCUAUCUCAAGAACAUCAAUAUGACUACAACAAACGGGUCAUCACAUGCCGGAGAGAGUGAUGUUAUGGAGGAAAUAGCAAAGCUCAAGCGGCGUAUAGAAGAGCAGGACCAACGCAUAGAAGAGCAAGACCAAAUUAUUGAAGGAUUUAGAAACCAGGAUGAAGCCAAUUUCCGCCAAGGCAAUGAUGAAUUUCAGUCGGAAGUACCACAAAAUAGAAGAAAGGUAUUUGCUAAUGUACCAGGCAUGUGUUAG